UAUGUUGCAUCAAGCAUGCCUCGCUUCUGCAUUCAGAACAUCCCUGGCCUGCACCAUAGUUGGCUUGACCACCCUCUUCGGCCCAACCCCCAUUAACGACAUCAUAGCCUUCCCUGCACUAUCCUACCUCACCGCCAUCCUCAUCAUCAGAGACGCCACUCUCGGAGAGACUCUUCGCGGUUGCUGGCUCGCGCUCUGCGCCACCAUUCAGAGCACUGUCCCCGCCAUGUUAAGUUUCUGGUGCAUUGGCCCUGCAGCCAAGUUCUUCUCCGAGGGAACCACAGUUUUUGCGGUGGCGCUCGCCGCGUUCGUGGUGGUGCUCCCGGCGGAGUCCACCACCCACUUGAUGGCUAAACGGUUAGCGUUGGGUCAGAUAGUGGUGUUGUAUGUUGUUGCUUACGUGAGAGAGGAAGUUCGUAGGGAACUUCUCAUGCACCCUCUUCGGGUCGCAGCUAGCACUGCCCUUGGAGUCUUGGCUUGUGUUCUGGCAAUGUUGUUUCCAUAUCCACGUCUUGCUUAUCAUCAGGUGAAAAAGAAUUACAGGCUACUAACAAAUAAUACUUCAAAAAGGCUAAAGCUUUUGAUGAAGGCAAUAUGUGAACAGAAAAAGGAUUUGGCACUCACAUCAAUCUCCCAUGCUAAGUCAUUGGCCACUUCACGGAACAAACUCCUCCAAAUCCUCACAAACCACCAAAAUGGCAUGAGGUGGGAAAUACCUCCAAUUAAAUCUUUUAAAUCCUAUCACUUCAACCCGGAAGACCAGAGACUUCAAGAUAUAGAUACCACCAUCAAAGGGAUGGAAUUGGCUCUAACAAGCAUCAUUUCAUUUCCUGUCAGCAUACUCAAUGAAGACAUGAAACAUGGCCUGAAUAGUCUAGUGAAACAUGUUAGCCUCACCAUAAAACAAACCACACACAAUUCACAUGGUGCUUCACUAACUGCUCCUGAACAUAGUGAAAAAAACAUAACUAACUUUCUCCAAUCCCUUCAAACCAUCCCAACAACCCAAGAUUUACCCUUUUACUUCUACUUAUUUUGUGCCAAAAUCCUCCAAAGGAUCUCAUAUGCUGAAGCUUCAACUAGUAUUCAAGAAAAAGAGGAAAACUCUAUAGAGUCUCAAAAUUGGGCUAAACUUUUAACAAGCCCAAAACUAAUGGAAUCAAUGAAAUGCUCUCUAACACUGGGCCUUGCAGUGUUGCUGGGCUUACUCUACAGCAAAGAGAAUGGGUUUUGGGCCGCAAUACCUGUAGCCGUGACCUUUUGCCCGGGCAGAGAAGCCACAUUCAGAGUAGCAAAUAUAAAAGCCCAAGGAACUGUGUUAGGAACAGUAUAUGGAGCCUUAUGCUGUUUUGUCUUUGAGAAAUUUUUGUCACUGAGAUUCAUGUUUCUUAUUCCAUGGCUCAUUUUCACCACUGUGCUUCAACAAAGCAAAAUGUAUGGUGCAGCUGGUGGGAUGUCAGCACAGAUUGGAGCUAUUCUGAUAUUGGGUAGGAAAAAUUUUGGGCCACCCAGUGAAUUUGCUAUAGCAAGAAUCAUUGAAACCUUCAUUGGGUUAACUUGUUCUGUUUUGGUGCACCUUCUCUUCAUGCCCAAAAGAGCUUCUACUUGUGCGAAAUCUGAGCUUUCUUUUUGUUUGGGAACCCUUGUUGAGUCCAUUAAUUCCUUGAGUCUAGCAAGCAAAAGUGACUUAGAAGAAAGUCAUGGGAAGUUAAAGAUACAAAUUAUGGAGCUCAAAAAAUUUGUUGUGGAAGCAGAGUUGGAGCCCUGUUUUUGGUUCUUACCUUUUCAUGGUGCUUGUUAUAAUAAGCUUAUGGGGUCUUUAUCCAUUUUGGAUAACACAUUGCAAGUUGGAGCUUAUGCUUUGAAGUUCCUAAAACAUGAGUUUCGAAGAAGUGAAGCCUCUUGGAGAGAGCAUGUGAGUGUUCUAGAAGGUGAAAUUGGAUACUUUAAGGAACAUGUUUCCUCCAAAGUUAAAGUUUUUGAGCAAAUAACAAGGAUGAAAUCGUUUGGGUUUCUUGAGAAGGAGCUUGAGAAGAACAGCAUUACUUGUAAUUGUGACAUUGAAAUGGGAAGGUCAGCAAAGUCUGGUAUAUGCAUGUUUUCUUCUGGUUUAGGCCAUGGUGAUGUUGCUGAAGAAGUCAUAGGCUCUUAUCUCCAAUGCUCAAGAAAUGUUGUGGAUGAGUUGUAUGGUGGUGAAGGUGAAAAGGAGGUGAUGAGCGAUGUUUAUCUGUGUUUGAGUGCUCUGGGGUUUUGCUUGAGUAUUCUUCUAAGAGAGACAAUGGAAAUUGAAGAAGCAAUCAGGGAACUUGUUCAGUGGGAGAAUCCAUCAAAGGGAGAUUAA